CUAUCAGUAUACUAUCCCAAAUUUAGAACACAUCAACACUUGUUUAACCGUGUCUGUCCUUUAACAACCUUGACUCGACUCGUAGAGAUGUAUUGUAUUUUAGCAUGGGCAAUUAUAGGCGCGGCGUCAGCCCUGUGCGGCCCGGAAACAUGCGCUGUUGUUGGGCCCUCAUUGCCAUUAAACUGUAAAGGGACAAUUAUUAAGAAUGGUGGAUAUUGUGGAUGUUACGAUGUGUGUGCCAAGCAAGCCGGCGAGUCGUGUCAGGCGAGACCAGGACUAGACGGGAGGUCGACUUACGGCACGUGUGAGCCAGGCCUGAUAUGUGUCCCCCACGGUGAGAUGGUCAGUUUAGGAUAUGGCCGCUGUCAUAUUCCUCGGACAACCCGAUGGUUGACCUCAAUGACCCAUAAUACUCCAUGCGAGCAGAUGAGGCGCGCGCGACUCCUUUCCAUGGCCGUCUGGCAGGGCGAGUGGACACCAGUUUGUGACGCCCUCGGUAACUUCUAUACCCACCAAUGUGACAAUAAAGGUCAAUGUUUCUGUGUGGAGACUCAUAGCGGCAAAAUGCUGACCGUCAAGACUCUGGGGGCAGUGGACUGUAGUGCUCAACAGGAAGUCACCAAAGAGGUCACCACCACCAUGAUACCAACCAAGGCACCCGCUGCCCGUUUCCUGGAUAUCAUGGAUAUGUCCCACAACACACCCUGUGAACAGCAGAGGAGAGCUCGUCUCAUGUCCAUGGUGGUAUGGCAGGGACAGUGGGUACCCGUAUGUGAUUCUCAGGGCAAUUACCUCCCGCACCAGUGUGACAAUAUGGGUCAGUGUUUCUGUGUAGAGACCCACAGCGGGAAAAUGCUGACCGCCAAAUCUGUGUCAGCCGUUGACUGCAGCAGUAAACCGGAAGUGGAUGGCGCCGUUCCUGAGUUACCAACCAAGGCGGUCUCUACCCGUUUCCUGGAUUUCAACAUUGACUGUGAACAUGAGAGGAGAGCUCGUCUCAUGUCCAUGGUUGUGUGGCAGGGACAGUGGGUACCCGUAUGUGAUUCUCAGGGCAAUUACCUCCCGCACCAGUGUGACAAUAUGGGUCAAUGUUUCUGUGUGGAGACCAUGAUGGGGACACUACUCACGGCAAAAUCUCACGGAACAGUGGACUGUACUGGAAAUCAAAGUUAGGUGGCACGGUCCCACCACUGUCAUCAACGAGAAAUAUGAAUCAUUAUCUCAAUGACUUCCGUUACUAAUUACAGAAACUGAUAAUAAAUGUUAAUAAUGAAAAUACAAUGAACUGAGCAUUUA